AGCGGUCAAUGCACUCGUCGCCCAGGGCACAGCGCUGCUGCUGGAGGUGGAGGGAUGCAACGGCGAGGGCUGCGGCGUCCAGGGCGGCAUCAUUCGCAUCGCGCUGGCCGCCUCCAUGAUGGAACGGGCCACUGUAAAUCUAGUGACAGUCCUCUGGGAAGCACUCGACGGCGCGACCCUGGAGUUCGACGAGGAGUUCAAGAUGGCGCACGUCGACCUGGACCCCAGCGCGAACCUCGCCGCCGCCAUGGACAAGCUGCCGUCGUGCCGGGCGGGACAGAUGUUCGAGCCGGGCGCCGUGUUCCUCGACAGCAACGGCAUCCUCGACAUUUGUCUGGUCCGAGUGGCGAGUGAGGGCCUCCAUGGCGCCAGGGUGCUGGGCUUCCUUCGGGGCAGCGUCGACGCCCUGAGAGUCACUCGCUGCGGCGGUCACAGCGGAGACUGCUUCUGCCGGAAGAAGACUCCGGCUCGCGCAACACUCCGCGGAGUCCGCCGCGUUGCUGGGGUCAAGCAGCCCGGCGGCGACGGCAGUGCAUCCUAGCUCACUUCGCAUGACCUCUAUGUCGUGAACUUCCACGUGUGUCCCCAGGUUCACGCACUGGAGUUGCCCGAGCGCUCCUGCGUCGAUGGCAGAUCUCAGUUGAUGAUCGUAGGGUUCUUAUUUUCAUGAUUGUUGCGUUUGCUCAGAUGCACUGCACUGACUUAUCGAUAUUCUCCGUAACUUCGUAGCUCUGUUCCUUUACACUGACUGUUGUAGCUUUCGUUUCGUUUAGAUGCAAGCAUUAUGCAUGUUUGAUUCUCUUAAUCUUGUGCACAGCAAGUGAUAAAAUGCGCUGGCAUUGUAUCAAUUUGCCGUCUCACCGUGAAUCGAGUCACAUUGUUCAUCAGACCAUGUCAUAUUCGUUUCAACUUAGAAAGUUACACACACACACUCACGCAGAGUUUCUAUCAAAAACUCGAGCCCGGCGGCGGGCCUUUUGACAGCAGGCGAUCAUUCAUUAUUUCGUGACCGCUUUACUGUCUCUGUCCCUCUUGUUUCCUGGGAGUCACAAUUUCUAUUUUUUGACCGAAUGUGGAGGACUGAAAUUUCAACGGUUGUGACUGUAUUUUAUGGAGUGAUUAUAUGUUUCACGUUCUAAUAAAUGCAACGCCGUCUGGAAUAUCAUUGCGUUUGCUCAUAUUUGGAAGCUGUAUUCUGUAUUGUUUAUUAAUUUGUGGAAUCUAUUUUAUAAAGAUAAAUUCUUCUUAACAUAA